AUGUCUCACCCUACUCAUCUCGAUGGCGCUGCUGGUCAGCCCUCGGUCGAACAACCUUCAAUUCUGACGAACAUGACAACCGGUAUCGAGCUAGAAGCUUUGAUAUACGCCACUCGUGGUAUCGACCCUGUAAGACACCUUUCGAACGCUUUGUGUAAACCAGUCCUCUCAGACUGCUCAAAGUGUAACAAAGCCCACCCUUGGAGACUGCCUAUCAACAAUCUUCGGGAUCACCGCCGCUACUCUGAGGAGAAAACCUGGUACGCAGGGUGGCAGAUCACCGAAGAUAUGAGCGCUCAGCCCGACAAAGAUGAGCGUAUCCACGUCCCAAAAGGCUCGGAAUUCUUUCACUUGGAGGUUGUGUCCAGGAUUAUUAAUUUCACCAAGCCAACACCUUGUAUACUCGGCCAGAAAUAUCCAUGCACCGGGGAGCCCUUCGAGUGGGAUGCUCAAACCGAAAUAUUCUCGUUCAUGCAGAGGAUGCAGGAGGCAUUCUCGGGUCCUGGGUUUUGUAUUGCCAACAACAAAAAUACCGGUCUUCACAUUCACUUUGGAAAUGGCGAGGGAAAGCCCGCUGUCCAUACUUCUCUUGGGAUGUUUGGUGCUUUUGCCGCUCUGGAACGUCUCUUUGAUUCGAUACUGACCUGCUCCAGAAUCCCAAUCUUACCGUUCAAUGGCCAUCCUGAUUGUGGUCUCCAAAGACGCUCCGCUGUAUACAAGUACGACCAAAGUAUGAGGGAGAAUCAAUGGAUCGGCUCCCUAUCAUAUGUGUUUCUCCAGAAUCUGCGUACGUAUGUCAAUCGAAUGACUUCGGGUACGACGGACGAUUCCCAAGACAAACGCCUGGAGAUAACCGACCAAUUGAAGCAAGCAAAUGUUCCCGGCAUGCUUCGUGUACUCUCGAGGUACAACGACAUCAAAACCUUCGUGCGCCACUAUCCCAACCUCAGAGGUGACAGAUGCCGGGAUGCUCGUUAUCUGGCCGUCAAUCUGACGAAUUUGUACAAACCAGACAGAGACACAAUCGAUGACGUGGACCACGAGGACGACGAAGACGACGAGGCCGACAAGGAAGAGAAAAACGAAGUCGAUCUGAGUCAGACGACGGACUAUUGCGAUGAGUGUGACGGCGGAGAUGACGAGGACGACAAGGACGAUAAGAACGACGAUUAUACCGACCCUGAAACAGGUACAGUAGAAGUCAGACUCAACUCUGGUACCAGAGACCCCACGGAAGUCUGGGCAGCAUAUGACUUUAUGGGUAAGCUCAUGCUAUGGCUCUCUGACUACAGAUACCAUCACAUAAACACCAUUCUCAACCUAUGGGAAAAUCCUGACAGCACCCUCCUCGAUCUUGUCAAGUUGGUUGGCGCCUCUCAGACAACCAUCGACUACUACACUGACCGUCUUAGUGCCGAUUGGGCCGACCGCCGCCACUCACGCCUCACUUCCGCUGUUGACGCCAACGACAACUUCAAAGCAUUCAAGUUCGCUGUCGAAAACAAUCGCCUCAAGGAUUCUCGCCGCAAGGCCGUCGAUGCCAAAAUCCAGCAAAAGCUCGACAGUGGAUAUUACGGUCAAGUCUCGGCAGAGGUGUUCGAUACCCUUGCCCCUGAGAUUCAAAACCACCCGAACAGCCAUGUCUUGAAUGUAGAUACUUGCGAUUACGAGCGAUGGGCUGACAAGGCUAUAGCUGACCACAAGGCUUCGACCGCUGAGUGUUGA